UCAACGAAUCACAUGCGGCGUGGGCGGAGCGCCACCCUUGCGGCGUAUUGCUAUAGAGCAAGUGUGGAAGUGAAUUAGCAGCACAAUCCGACGUGAAAAUAAAAAUAAUCACAACACACCUUGAGGAUUUUAACGCUACACAUUCAGCUGAGCCAACAUGCCUCCAAAGAAGCCGGCGCCGGCCGCGGGGAAUAAAAAAACGCAAGAGAAGAAAAAGGAAAAGAUUAUUGAGGACAAAACAUUUGGCUUGAAGAACAAGAAAGGAGCCAAACAGCAGAAGUUCAUCAAGAACGUCACACAACAAGUCAAAUUUGGACAGCAAAAUGCCCGACAGAUGGCCCAGGUGGAGGCCGACAAGACCAACAAGAAGGCUGACAAGAAGAAAGAGUUGGAUGAGCUCAAUGAGCUCUUCAAGCCCGUCGUGGCUGCCCAGAAAGUCAGCAAAGGCGUGGAUCCAAAGUCUGUGCUGUGUGCCUUCUACAAGCAGGGCCAGUGCACCAAAGGAGACAAGUGCAAGUUCAGCCAUGACUUGUCCAUGGAGAGGAAGUGUGAGAAGAGGAGCGUCUACGUGGACGAGAGGGAUGAAGAACUGGAAAAAGACACCAUGGACAACUGGGACGAGAAGAAGCUGGAAGAGGUCGUGAACAAGAAGCACGGCGAGGCUGAGAAGAAGAAGGCCAAAACUCAGAUCGUGUGUAAAUUCUUCCUGGAGGCCAUUGAGAACAACAAAUACGGCUGGUUCUGGGUGUGCCCGGCAGGGGGCGACAACUGCAUGUACCGCCACGCCCUGCCGCCCGGCUUUGUGCUGAAAAAGGACAAAAAGAAGGAAGAGAAAGAGGAGGAGAUCUCCAUGGAGGAGCUGAUCGAGAGCGAGCGUGCAGCACUGGGUCCCAGUGUGACGCGCAUCACUCUGGAGACCUUCCUGGCGUGGAAGAAGAGGAAAAGGCAGGAGAAGAUAGCCAGAGCGAGGGAGGAGAUGGAGAAGAAGAAGGCCGACUUCAAGGCCGGGAAGUCGCUGGUGGUCAGCGGUCGUGAGGUGUUUGAGUUCCGACCCGAACUAGUCGACGAUGAUGACGACGAGGCAGACGACACCCAAUACGCUAACGAGGAUGAUGAAGCCGACUAUCAGGAAGAGACCGACACCACGCAGGUCCAGGACAUAGACUUAUCCCGCUUCAUUCCUCAAGAAGUGGACGACACGGGAAUAACAGUCGCAGCCGUGGAUCGCUUCACCUCCAGGAGUAAAACCCAGCAGGUGACCGAGGACAACGGACAGUUGAAUGGAGCUUGUGGCGGCGCCGAAGCCAACGGACCGUCGGGGGCUGAGGGUGGCGGUGAGGCUGGAGGAGGCGAGGAGGAGGAGGACGACGACGACGAGGAGGUGCCGGUGGAUGAGAACUUAUUCACCGGAGAAGAUCUAGAGGAUCUGGACGAGGAGCUGAAUACACUGGCACUGAAGGACUGAUGGAUGCAUGGACACUUCAAGAGACUCUGUAAUAAAGCCCGCUCAUAUCGUGUCAUGAUUGCCCGACUCCGUGUUCCAUGUAUUCCUGCCGUGUUGACUGAGGAGCAUGUCGUGCGGCUGGGUGGGCUCGCCACCACCAACCCGGUAAAGAAGUUCUUCUGGACGCUUGGACCGCAAAUGUACAGUGCUGAUUCUGUUCUAAGAAACUCGGCCUGUUCUUAGCAAAAAAAAUGAAAAAGUUCCCAAAAUCUUGUAUUUAACCUCAACUUUCCAAACCAUGGAAUUGUUGACUUGGAUCAUGUGUGCCUGUGGACAGGUCGUGUGAUUGGAAAUGUUGUUCAUGUCAUUCAACAGGAAUAAAAUACUGUGCAUCCGA